ACAUCAAAAUCUAAAUUCCAUCUCUCCAUUCCCCCACAUCAAAUCCAAAUCUCGCAAAUCAAAAAUGUCUGGGCGCGGCAAGGGAGGCAAGGGGCUGGGCAAGGGCGGAGCGAAACGUCACCGUAAGGUGCUCCGCGACAACAUCCAGGGCAUCACGAAGCCGGCGAUCCGGCGUCUGGCGAGGAGAGGCGGCGUGAAGAGGAUCAGCGGCCUCAUCUACGAGGAGACCAGAGGAGUUCUCAAGAUAUUUUUGGAGAAUGUUAUCAGAGACGCCGUCACAUACACCGAGCACGCUAGGAGGAAGACCGUCACCGCCAUGGAUGUUGUCUAUGCUCUGAAGAGGCAGGGCCGGACGCUCUACGGCUUCGGCGGCUGAGUUUUUCCCUAAUUUAUUGAGAUUUUGGUGUCGUUUGAUUUGAUGUGAUGGUGAAAGUUGUAGAUCUGGUAUUUGUUGUUCGACUAUAUUCAAUCUUGUUUCAUCAAUGGAAGAAAAUGCCUUAAUUAA